AUGAAUCAAGAAUCCGACUGGUCGUUUCCCAACGGCCGCAAAGACAAUUUGCAGUCUAACAUCACUUUUGGAAAGCAUUGGUUCGGAGGCUUCAAGACGCUGAAAAACAUCAAGUUCAUUCUCGACAUACCACUAGCCAGAUGCAACCUCACAAACGCCGUCAAAUUUACAGAAAAGUGCCUUGAAGAGAUGGGCACCAUCAACAAACUGGAGGCGCUCGAGAUCGGAAACGAAGUGGACGUGUACGAUGACCAGGGCUGGAGGUACAAGAAGACUUGGUCCCCGAGACUCUAUGCGCGGGAGUUGAAAAGCUACAUGGAUACCGUUACUGCAAAAGUGCAGAUGUUCCCCAAGACUGGGAGAGUAUUCCAGAUCUACGACAAGGGAACCGAAAUCGACUUGAAGACGAAGCCGAGAUGGAAAAUUGACAACUUCAUGAGCAAUGUAUCUCAGGUUAUUGAUAUGUCGAGAGUCAAGCAGGUGGCAGAGCACUACUACCAGGCCCGCGGCUCGAAGAGUACAUUGCACAAUGGACUCCUAAACCACGAUCACACAGUCAAUCUGACAUCUACACAAUUCAAGCCGGAAAUAAGCAGCAUCCGGCAGAAAUACAAAGAGUUGAAGUCUGUUCUGAGCGAAGUCGGCAACACGCUGGGUAGCAGUGGCGACAAGAUCAAGGAUGCACAGCUCUCGUCCAGCCUCGGCAGUGCUGUCUGGACUGUUGACUGGAUGCUAUAUGCGAUGAGUAUUAACAUCGACCGCAUCAACAUGCAAAUGGGCCGGGACUUCCCCUUCGCCGCGUGGAACCCCAACAGCACCCGCGCAAGCCCGCCCCAUCUCCUCGGCGGCUUCUACGGGCACGUCUUCGUCGCCGACUUCAUCGGCCGAGAGGGCAAGCUCAAGGUCGCUCAACUGCCACAGCAGCCGCCCCGGAACAAGAACAUCUCCGCAUACGCCGGUUACCACAACGGCAGGCUGGCCAAAGUGGCUGUAACGAAUCAAGAAUACUGGACAGAUGAGAUGGGAUCCCGGCGUCCCAGAACGAGUGUCAGGGUGACUUUGCAAGGAGCGGACGUCCGGAAAGCCACUGUCCGAAAACUCUGGGGUCCAAGCAGCACGGCUCUGAAGAACAUCACUUGGGCCGGCCAGGACUGGCCCUAUGACGGCGCCAAUGGGCCUGGGAUGCCGGUGGACGUGAAGAGCGAUACCGAAGUCGUGCCUGUCGAGAAUGGGGCUGUCAACAUCUCCCUCGAGGCAACCACGGCGGUGCUUCUUUCUUGGUAG